GUCUGUUUCCAUUAAAGGGGCGGAGCUCUUGAUUCCAGAAAUUUGACAGAGGAAUUGGAUCUCCGGUAACGCAUUCUGGACUUUGGUUCACCCUGUCGUUGGUAAACUGUGGUUGUCCUUCCUGAAAACGCUUUGGAAUAAGCGAUGCCAUGGCAACAGAAGGGGAGCCAACCGACUCAAUCAAGGUGUUACACCUGCUGCUGCUCUCCUUCACCUGGGGCAUGCAGGUGUGGGUCUCUUUCAUUGGAGGUUUCACUCUGGUGAAGCAGGUAACGCGCCAUACCUUUGGUUUGGUCCAGAGCAAGUUGUUUCCUGUAUACUUCUACUGCCUGCUGGGAAGUAACUUUGUCAGCCUUGCUGUGUACGCCAUGUACCACCCCAGGGAGUUGCUGGACUGGCAUGAAAGUGUGCAGAUGGUUAUGUUCUUCAUGGCACUGGUCAUGGCAGGCCUGAAUGCCCAGUGGUUUGGACCAGCAGCCACCGAGGUGAUGUUUCAGAUGAGGGCCGUGGAAGAGGAGCAUGGACUGGGGAACCAGAUCGGCCUUGGCAGCCAGAGAGAGGAAUACGCUAAGCUGAAGGAGCAGGACCCAAAGUACAGAGCCUACAAGAAAAUGUUUGGGCAGUACCACGGUCUGUCGAACCUCUGCAACCUGAUAGGGUUCAUGUGCAUUACAACUAAUCUGAUCUACACAGCUCUGAAACUCUCCACCAUUUAAAGAAGAGUACAUCACAGGUGUCUCAGGUCUGCAGACGUUCAUGCCGUGCCUCACACAAGUAUUUACACCCCUUAAACGUUUUCACAUUUUGUCACUGUACAACCACAGACAUAAUUUUGAAGUAGAAGGAAAUGGUGCAUGGCCCAGAGCACUUCAAAUGAAAAUGGUAUGGCAAAGCUGCAAAUCUACCAAGACAUGGCUGGGAUCCUCCUAAGCCAGAGGUCUCAAAAGUUAGUCAUUGAGGGCCGUUGUCCUGCUGUCAGUCAGCCCUUCUUAGUAUGAGAGGAGGGGAAGACUGGGCUCUUCGAGAGGAACCGACCCGACAUGUUUUGAAUUUUUUCAGCCCAAUCCGGACGCAGUCGGGUAGUGUGAACUGAUUACCGACCCGAGUGCAAACUGAGACAGCUGAAGAGAAAUAGGCUGGGACACGACCUCAGCUGCAGGCUGGUUUGUUAUUUUUUUUUAAUGAAUAACGUGUUUAACUGUAUAACAUUAUACACAAAAAAACAAUCGGCUAACUAACUACAACCACAGACUGAUGAAACAGUAGCAAAAACAAACAAAAUACAGUAAAUAAUAAAGGGCCUUAUUUAAAUGAACCCACCAUUGGAAAAAUACUCCAACUGAAAAGUUCCUUUAAUGUAUAAAAUAAAGUGCUUUAUUCGGGGCUUAAUUUAAAGAAUUUAUCUCGGAUCUCCUCUGUGUCUGUCUCGUGCCCUCUGGGGCAGGUCUGUGGCUCCUCACACUCGCUUUUGCUUGUUUUUAUGGAGAAACCUUGUAUACACAAGCGCACAGUU